AGGUGCCCGGCUGCGGCGCUGUCGGCAGAGCAGCUCUCAGUGCUCUCGAGGAACGGCGCCACGACGGGAGCAUGCCGCCACCGCGCCCUGCAGCCCAGCAGCACAUCCGAGCCCAGAUGAACCGGCGUCGGACGGGAUGAGCAUGAGCGGCUCGGCCGCGGGCGGUACGAUGUCAGCAUCAGCAGCAGCAGCGGGCUCAGCGUCAUCGGCUGCGGUCCAGCUGUCAGACUACGAGUCCGAGCUGAAGCCGGGCUGCAGUGCCGGCGAAGUCGACACUGGCUCGACGCUGCCCUUCUGGGAAGCCGCUCUAGCGACCCUGAUCCUCAGCUUCCUCAUCAUCUCUACGAUUCUGGGCAACGCCCUGGUCAUCCUCUCGGUCUUCACGUACCGGCCGCUGCGCAUCGUCCAGAACUUCUUCAUCGUCUCGCUGGCCGUGGCCGAUCUCGCCGUGGCCAUCCUCGUCAUGCCCUUCAACGUCGCCUACCUCAUACUCGGCAAGUGGAUCUUCGGCAUCCAUCUCUGCAAGCUCUGGCUGACCUGCGACGUGCUAUGCUGCACCGCGAGCAUACUCAACCUCUGCGCGAUCGCCCUCGACAGGUUCUGGGCCAUCACCGAUCCGAUCAACUACGCGCAGAAGCGAACGCUCAAGCGGGUCCUCGGCACCAUCGCCGGCGUCUGGGUGCUGUCCGGGGCGAUUAGCUCGCCCCCCUUGGCGGGCUGGAACGACUGGCCCGAGGAGCUGGAGCCCGGCACGCCCUGCCAGCUCACCAGGAGAAAGGGCUACGUCGUCUACUCGGCCCUGGGCUCGUUCUUCGUGCCGCUGCUCAUCAUGAGCCUGGUGUACCUGGAGAUAUUCCUGGCGACGAGGCGCCGACUGCGGGAAAGAGCCAAACAGAGCAGACUGGGGCCCAUGCCAUCCGGUCUGAGGAAGGACACGGACGACAACGAGGAGAGCGUCAGUUCCGAGACGAAUCACAACGAGAAGUCGACGCCGAGGUCGCAGGCCAAACCCUCGCUCGUCGACGACGAGCCCACAGAGGCGCAGCUCGGUACCACGCCGCCCAAGGCCUCAGUGCGUUUGAUCACAGGCCCCGGCAGCAGUUCCCGGGGCUCGGGCACGACGAAUGCGGGCCCGCAGGCUCGCCAGGGCGGCCCCGGCACCGCGACAACCUCGACCGUCUACCAGUUCAUCGAGGAGCGCCAGCGCAUCUCCCUGUCCAAGGAGCGCCGGGCCGCUCGAACCCUCGGCGUCAUAAUGGGCGUCUUCGUCGUCUGCUGGCUGCCCUUUUUCCUCAUGUACGUCAUCCUGCCGUUCUGCCUGAGCUGCUGUCCCUCCGAGCGGCUCGUCUACUUCAUCACUUGGCUCGGCUACAUCAACAGCGCUCUCAACCCGCUCAUCUACACGAUCUUCAACCUCGACUACCGGCGAGCCUUUCGCAGGCUGCUGCACAUUCGCUGAAGAGGUUAGGUUCCUCCGACGCCAACGUGCGUUCUAUAUAAUAUACAUAUAGGUAAUGCACGAGACGCUAUUAUUACACGAUCUCGUUCGAUCUCGACAACAAUAUCGCAUCAGGGGAAGGAGCAGCCGCGGAUUUUCUUCACGAAAGGGAAAAAAAGCCGCACCGGACGCCGGGCCGGUGGAUCUGGAGCACGUGCGCUAAUUUGUCUGUGGCGUCGUUUUUUUUUUCUUUUUCGGGAACAGCGGCGGUUCGGCUCUUUUUUUCUUCCGCGAGGGGAAACGAUAAGAGCGACGAUGAUUUUUGCGCCGAGAGAGAGUAGAAAGGCCAAUUAAUUCGCAGCAGACGACGCUGACGGCGAGACGUACACUUUCGCGAAUAUAGGUUAUGUUUAACGUCGUUCCAACGGACGGAGUAUGUGUGUGUAAUUCGAUUAAACAUUUCGGCUGCCCGCGCGCAGCGAGACGACGACGAAUAUAAACAAACAAACUAUAAUAUGCACACACUUAUAGAUGACGGAAAUAAGAAACAACACACACUUGCGGACGACGAGAAGAGACCAAUCGCGUAUUAAGGAUAGCGCGCCACCGAAUUGGAUUAUAUAUAUUAUACAUGAUUCUUAUAUAUUAUAAAUAAAUAAAUAAAUAUAUAUAUAUAUACACAUACAGCGAGACGACGACGACGAGGACAUAAUAUUAUAUACAUACAUGUAUGAGUGGACGGAGCGCGUCGCUCUCUCGCGAGACACGUCACUUAACGGUUGUGAGUAGCAUAUACUAUAAUCGCUGAUUAUGAAAAAAAAAAAUAAAUAAAUAAAUAAAUAAAACGGCAGAACACUACGCAUCAUCCGUAAAUGCGAUGUAAUUUAACGCGCCCGACUGCAGCGUUUAUAUACGGUGGAGAAUCGACCGUAGAUAUCCACAAACAGCGGCACGACCCUCUCCAUACGUGUACACCGAAACUCCCGAGAUUUUUAGUCCCAGGCUAGAGUUUUAGCCGAGAUUAAACUCAACUCUAUAGCUCUAACGGAGAAAGAGAGAGUACAUGUAUAUGCGCGCGCGUGUGUGUCUGUAUAAAACUCCCUGGCGGUUUAUCGCCCGCGCGUGUAUAAAUCCGCUGUGUCGUGUCGCUGAACGCAACUUCGCUCUCUCCGCACUUGUGCGAAAUCGAGCGCGGGGCAGAAAUAAAAUACAGAGAACAAAAAAUUAAUAAACGACGCGGGUUGGGCGCUCCUUUAAAUAAGGUUGUGAUAAGGUUGUGAACACGCGCAUUCGUAGCCGCGCUUCGGAUGGCGAUACACUGCAAGAAUUUUUAAAAUGACGAAUAAAUAAUUAAUCGCAUUAAAGAAUCACAAACAAGCAAAACAAAAAUUAUAAUGAAUUAUAAAUUUAAUUAUGUAUAACGACGAGAUUAAACAAAUUGCGUGACGGUGUGAGAGUGAGAGUAUAUAGAUAAAUAAAUAAAUAUUACGAAGCGAGUAAGCUAUACACUAUGAUCUAAACAGAGAAAGAACAAGAGAUAUGCGCAGAAUUCGGCGGAGCUCGAGGUAAACUGUCCAAGCGCGAUCGUUCGCGUUAUAUUAUUAUUGCACGCGGGGCCUUGGUCUGUAUCGGGAGAAAUUAACGCGGAAAUAACAUCGGCUCGGCGGACCGAAUUUCGGAAUUCCGGAGUGACGUCGCUCGCGUCAAUGUCCCUUGGGUAUUUGCAUAAGUUAAAAGUUAAUGGGGAAAAUCGAACUAACGAGAACGGCCGUCUAAAAUUAUACAGGGGCUUGGUUAUACAGAGCAAGGCUUCGGUACGCAAACACAUGGAAUCAAAACAGCGCAGAGAAUCAAAAAUAUAAUAAAAAGGCAUAUACGUUGUAUACAAACGGAAAAUGUCGAAGGCUACAUAUUAACAUGCCACAGUCUAUAUAACGUUAUGUACGAAGCUGAAACGCGCCGUCGACAUUGUGCAAACACGUUGCGGUUUGAUUUAGCCCCGAGAUCAUAUACAUGUAUAUCCGAUGGAAAUUUGAAAUAAUCCCAGGGCCGGUCUGCGGGACGAGUAAUAAGAGAAUUAACAUAUUUUAUAAUACAUUCCUGUUUGCAUUGUUCCUAUAUUUAUGCGCGCGCCAACGCUGAAGCAUUUAUAAUAAUAAAAACGUUGAUAUAUUAUACACACAAAACUUAACGGUACAGUAGUCGCGACAGAGGGGACGCUCUAACGGGGAAAAGUCGGACGGCACACAUAUUGUACAUAAAAAUUUUAUUAUACAUGCGUACGCACACGUGAGUGCAGUUGUUGCGCGCCAAAGCUAAUGGAAUUUCGCAGACUCGAUGACACCGCGCUGCAAAGCCGUCGCAUUUAUAUAUGUAUACGUGAAAACGCAAACACAGCCGCACAGCUGCAUCGUUAUAUAAAUAUACGCAUGCGUAUAUUUACCCCGACGAGUGAGACGUACUUUCUCUCCAUAUACGAAAUAUGUGCAUCGCGAUUAAUCGCAAUCGGACAGCUGCCUCGAGCUACGCUAGAUACACAAACUGCGCGCGCACACCUACAUAGUAUUUAAAUAAACGCAUAUAAAUAAAUACAUACACGUAUUAGAUAUACGAGCGCGAGAGGCUCAUCGUCGUCGUCGGGUCCCCAUGUGAGGAGAGACAGUAACAAUUGUGAGGAAGAAACAAAAGAAACGCUAGAUCAAAAUGAUAACGGCCCGAGAUGCGCGCGAGUAUGAAUCUCCAAAGUAUAAAUAUGAAGCAAC